UACAACUCUAGCUCCCACUUUUUCAAGGGAAGAUUUGCGUUGUACGUUGUAAUAGCCUGGUAGGUACUCUGGUUCUGAUACUUGGACGGAAAGCAAGAAAGAAAUUCGUAUACUAUUACUGUUACAUCUUUCCUAAAGUAAUUCACGAGUAGCGUGAUACUUUGUUGGCAUUAGUGAGCGAAAAUCCAUCAAGGAAAGAGGAAAAUUUACGCAUCGAAAAUGACUGCUGUUUUGCGCGUAAAACGUAAGAAUACCGACACCCCGCUCGAUAGACUGGUGAUCGCAUGCAAGCGUGCGAAAACCGGAUCGCCCCUUGUGGAAGAAAGCGAGCCCGCCAUCCAAACGGUCGUUCAAUUCGCCGGGACACUCACGGAUCCGACCGAGGAUGUUGCACAACAUGUCGCCAAAGUUAUGCCCAAGAUGGGCACAGAAAUAGUGAAUGUUGGUGUCAAACGGACGUGCGAUGGCAAUUCUGGGAAUAUUUCAAACAAGAAAUGGAUAGGGGGAGAUCCCCUGGUAGAAAGGUACAAAGUUGUUAAUUGCCAGCGUUCUCAGGAAACAUUAAAUGAGGAAAAGUCAGAGGAUAAAUGGCUGACACUCAUAGAUGUAGAGGAUUGCUGGAGUGUCUCUGGUACAGCAAAGCAGAAUGCAGAAGAAACAGAGGAUAUUGAAGAUUUUGUGUUCGAUUUAUACUGUGGGCCAACUAAUGAUGAUGUAUGGUUUGAGAACAAUGAAAUAAUGGUACAAGAGCCAGAAUAUCCAUAUCUAGAUUCUGAAGAUAAAAGUGAAGAAUCUUCGGAGGACUCAAAUUCAGAAUCCAAUUGGAGAAAUGAUUAUCCCGAUACUGAUCCCGAUACUGAUCCCGAUCGUUCCGGAGAUGAAGAUUAUGAUACCGAUAAUUCCGAUCAUUCCAAUUUUGAUGCCUAUUUCUGCGCCGGUUCUAGUAAAGAAGAAGAAGAUAAUAUAAAAGUAUAUGGAUGUAGAUUGAAUGACUUUAGAAGGUUAGAGAGAAUUGCUGCAUUGAAUAAUAACUCCAGUAACAGUUCAUCAAACGACGAAGGGAGAGCGUCGACUUGUUCGAGUGACGAAUCGCUCGGAUUAAUGUAGAAAUCUAUUAACCUUUUAGUUGCGAAAGGCGUACAUAUACAUGUUAAACUAACUUCUCAUUCGAUCUCGAUUUUUAAUUAUGGAAGUUAUAAGUAUAUGAGAAUAUCAUCUUGCAAUUUCAGGUAAAAUGCAUCGCAACUAAAGGCUUAGAAACAAUCAAUAGAUUAAUUAUAAAAGUAUAUGAAGAUUUGUAAAAUUUUUUUGGAAAAAUUAAAUCAGUUGUCAAUUUAAAAUCCUACAUGUUAUGUAUUAAGAAACUAAUUAAGAGACUUGGUACUAAAAUUUAGCACAAUGUAUCUGCAUAAUUUUAUAGAUUUUACGAACCUUGUUGAAUUUUAAUAAGCAUUCCUUUAAUAUGUACUUUAGUCUCACCUCUCACCUUCUGACAAAAAAAAGUGAGUUGUAAAUAGCAUAAGUUUUAUUUGUAUGUUAUAUAUAUUUAUUACAGACUUUCCUCUGUUGAUGUAGAUGUAUAUCUCGUGCGUUAAAUCUGUCUAUCAAAAUAAGAACGACAAAGGAAAACUAAGCCUAGAAAUGAAGGAACUGAUCACGCAAAAUUAUGAAAAUAUAUCUUUCUUUUUCAAAUCGUAAAUGAACUUAAUCCUAUUAAAUCUCAUCCUUUUACGACUUUAAAAAGAUUUUCAGAAAUUUUUUUUACUAGAGAUAAUUAUUAAAAUUUAAAAAAGAUACAAGAACAGAUUCUUGAUUAGUUGGCGAAAACAUUUGCAUUUGUUCGGGAGAGGAAAUUAAGUGAUCAAUCCCGAAAAGGAUGUUACAGGAUAUGUAUGUAUUAUUGAAGAAAGAGCUGUUUUGUCAUCGUGGAUAUGGCAUGUAAUGUGAUAUACACCAGAUUUAUAGCAUAUUAACAAGUUAUUGGAAGUACCA